CUGGAAAUUGAUAAUUAAUUGUUUGCAAGAAUGAAUAUAGAGAUCGGGUGAUUUGCAGAAGAAGUAGGGUUUGAUUUUGAUUAUGUAAAUUGAAUUGUAAAAUUUGCGUGAUGAGCCGUCGUCGUCUAAGCUCUGAAAUAGGUAUCGUAACAAUCAUCAUCUCUUUCGUAAUCCUGCUGGUAUCGUUGUUUGUGUACCAUCAUCAUCAUCAUCAUCAUCAUGCUCUUGUCUACUACUCCCAUGGCCGCCAGACCUCCUCUUCUACUUCACCUGUGGCGCCUUCGAAGAGUCAUAUUAUCCGAUUUUUCCAAUAUAAGAAAGCCGAGGAUCUGAAACAGUAUCUGGAGCGCAACGUCAAAUCCAAAGGCUGGAAAUGGGUGGAGAGGCAAAACCCCGCUAUGAAGUUUCCUACCGAUUUUGCCCUUGUUGUUAUCGAUGAGCGAAUUGAGGAUUUUUUGAUUGGGGAGUUGGGGAAAUUGGAUCUGGUGAAGGAUGUUUCUUUGGAUUUAAGCUAUCAAAGGGGUGUUCUUCAUCAGCAUCCCCAAAAGAGGCCCGGCAAGAUUUUCACAUCCAUGUCCUUUGCUGCUGCUCAAGGAGAUGAUGAUGCCUUUUUCCCAAAUACAAAUACAAAUACAACGACGACGACUAGGAGGAGGAAUCUGAUGAUGCAGAAAUCUCAAGUUACCUCCUUGUUCGGCGCAGAUGCUCUUUGGUCAAAAGGUUAUACUGGUGCAAAAGUAAAAAUGGCUAUUUUUGAUACAGGGAUUCGUUCAAAUCAUCCACAUUUUCGUAAUAUCAAGGAACGCACCAAUUGGACCAACGAAGAUACACUAAAUGACAAUCUUGGACAUGGCACAUUUGUGGCUGGUGUUAUUGCUGGUCAAGAUGUAGAAUGUCUCGGCUUUGCUCCAGACACUGAAAUCUAUGCCUUUCGGGUGUUCACUGAUGCACAGGUUUCAUAUACAUCAUGGUUUCUUGAUGCAUUCAAUUAUGCUAUUGCAACCAAGAUGGAUGUGCUGAAUUUGAGCAUUGGUGGUCCUGAUUAUCUGGAUCUCCCAUUUGUCGAGAAGGUUUGGGAAAUUACAGCUAAUAAUGUCAUCAUGGUAUCAGCUAUUGGAAACGAUGGACCUCUUUAUGGAACUCUGAACAACCCUGCAGAUCAAAGUGAUGUUAUUGGUGUUGGCGGCAUUGAUUAUAGCGAUCACAUAGCAUCAUUUUCCUCACGUGGCAUGAGUACUUGGGAGAUUCCUCACGGGUAUGGUCGUGUAAAGCCUGAUAUUGUGGCUUAUGGAAGGGAGAUUAUGGGGUCCAAGAUAAGUACGGGUUGUAAAAGCUUAUCAGGCACAAGUGUAGCUAGUCCUGUGGUUGCUGGAAUAGUGUGCCUUCUUGUUAGUGUGAUUCCUGAAAACAAGAGAAAAGAUAUUUUGAAUCCAGGCAGUAUGAAACAAGCACUCGUUGAAGGUGCUUCGAAGCUCUCCGGUCCAAACAUGUACGAGCAGGGAGCAGGCAGGGUUGAUCUACUGGAAUCUUACGAAAUUUUGAAGAGCUAUAAACCUCGAGCAAGCAUAUUUCCAAGUGUCCUUGACUAUACGGAUUGCCCUUAUUCUUGGCCUUUUUGCCGUCAACCAUUGUAUGCAGGGGCCAUGCCGGUGAUAUUUAAUGUAACCAUUUUGAAUGGAAUGGGUGUAAUUGGGUAUGUUGAAAAUCCUCCAGUAUGGAUUCCUUCCAACGAGGAAGGCAAUCUUGUCAGCAUUCAUUUUAACUACUCAGAUGUUAUUUGGCCGUGGACUGGUUAUCUGGCACUUUACAUGCAAAUCAAAGAUGAAGGGGUGAAUUUUUCUGGUGAAAUACAAGGGAAUGUAACUUUUAAUGUUUACAGCCCACCAGCUGAAGGAGAGAAAAGUGGUCGAAAAAGUAGCUGCAUUCUUCGGCUGAAACUAAAAGUUAUUCCCACUCCUCAAAGAUCACAAAGGAUCUUAUGGGAUCAAUUUCAUAGUAUAAAAUACCCACCUGGUUAUAUCCCUAGAGAUUCAUUGGAUGUUAGGAAUGACAUACUUGACUGGCAUGGUGACCACUUGCAUACAAACUUCCACAUCAUGUUUAACAUGUUAAGGGAUGCUGGAUAUUAUGUCGAAACUCUCGGUUCUCCUUUUACUUGCUUUGAUGCUAACCAAUAUGGGACACUUCUCUUGGUAGAUCUUGAAGAAGAAUACUUUCCCGAAGAAAUAAAUAAAUUAAAAGAUGACAUCAUUAAUAAUGGACUGGGUGUUGCAGUUUUUGCUGAUUGGUACAAUGUUGACUCUAUGAUGAAAAUGAAGUUUUUUGAUGAUAAUACGAGAAGCUGGUGGACACCUGUCACUGGUGGAGCUAAUGUACCUGCUUUGAAUGAUCUUUUGGCAUAUUUUGGAAUAGCUUUUGGAGAUAAGAUUCUAAAUGGCGAUUUUGUUAUUAACGGAGAGCAGAGCCGAUAUGCAUCAGGAACUGAUCUUGUCAAGUUUCCUCAAGGUGGUUACUUGCACAGCUUUCCAUUCCUCGAUAGUUCUGAGAGUGGUGCUACACAGAAUGUCCUUCUGUCUGGUAUGAGCAAGGCAGAUUCUCCGAUCCUUGGUCUUUUAGAGGUUGGUGCUGGACGAAUCACAGUCUAUGGAGACUCCAAUUGUUUGGACAGCAGCCAUAUGGUCACAAAUUGUUAUUGGCUCCUUAAAAAGAUAUUAGAUUUUACAGCAAAGAAUAUUAGAGAUCCAGUGCUUUUCGUGGAUUCAAAUAGACAAGACAAGGCGCUGCACUUGGAUGAUAACCAACUACCAUCUCGAAGAACAGAUGUGAAUUUCUCAACUUACUCUGCAGUUGUGGGUAAGGAGUUGAUCUGUGGGAGUGACUCAAGGUUUCAAGUAUGGGGAACAAAGGGCUAUGAUUUGAAUGUAAGGGGAAGAACUCGCAGAUUGCCCGGCUAUGCUUCUAUUCAUUUAAACUCCACUCACAAGAUUCCUCCGGUUAACAAGUUGAGGUCGAUACAUGACAAUUCUUUAGGGAACAAGUACCUGGGUUACUUGUAUGGAGAUGAUCUUGAUUUUCCAGAAUUAGUUGCUAGUCACUGGCUUAUACCUGUUACUGUUGCAGUUUCAGGCCUUCUUCUCCUUUGGAGUUUUUGGAAAAUUAGGCAAAAGCGCAGAAGGAAAAGAAAAGCAUCUGGUUUUACCCGUUCGGCUAACCCUUAAUUUUGACAUCUUAUUUCGAAAUGCAAUGUAAGCCUAAAUUUUCUAUAUAGUGUUGUAAUGUUAUAGUUUCAAGAUUUUUUGGAGCAGAAAUGCCAUGGAGAUCAGUUUUGCAUUUAAAAAA